AUGGGGCUGCAGAUGCGCGUGCAGAGGGCAGCAGGGCGCACGGGGCGCACAAGACAGCAGGGCGCGCGUGGCGUGCAAGGCUGGCAGCAGGAAAGCAAGGCGCGCGGGGCGCGCAGGGCUGCAGGGCGCGCGGGGCGCACAGGGCAGCAGGGCAGCAGGCCGCACAGGGCUGCAGGGCAGCAGGGCGCACAGGGCUGCAGGGCAGCAGGGCGCGCGGGGCGCGCAGGGCUGCAGGGCGCGCAGGGCUGCAGGGCAGCAGGGCGCACAGGGCAGCAGGACAGCAGGGCGCGCGGGGCGCGCAGGGCUGCAGGGCGCGCGGGGCGCACAGGGCAGCAGGGCAGCAGGGCGCACAGGGCUGCAGGGCAGCAGGGCGCACAGGGCUGCAGGGCAGCAGGGCGCGCGGGGCGCGCAGGGCUGCAGGGCGCACAGGGCGCGCAGGGCAGCAGGACAGCAGGGCGCGCGGGGCGCAGUAAGGCCGCAGAGCGCGCGGGGCGCACAGGGCAGCAGGGCGCACAGGGCUGCAGGGCAGCAGGGCGCGCAGGGUACACAGGGCAGCAGGGCGCACAAGGCUGCAGGGAAGCAGGGCGCGCAGGGCUGCAGAUCCCCUCCUGCCUCCCCCUGAACCUCCAAGUCCCCCACUGGGGGGGGGGGCUGGUGCUGCAGAUCCCCUCCCCCCCACUGCUGCACCCGCAGCAGGGGGAGGUAGGAGAAGGGGGGGGGGGGGGGGGGGGGGCUGGUGCUGCAGAUCCCCUCCCCCCCCACUGCUGCACCCGCAGCAGGGGGGAGGUAGGAGAAGGGGCGGUGCAGGAGCCGCUCGGGCGACAGCAGGUCCCCUCCCCCCACUGCCGCAUCUGCAGCAGGGGGAUGGCAGAUCGCUUCCCCCCCACUGCUGCACCCGCAGCAGGGGGAGGGGGGGAAGGGGGCGGGGACGGAGCUGCGCAUGCGACUGUAGGGCACGCGGGCAGGAGGAACCCCCUCUUGCCACCCCCCACCACGUUGCAACAGGGCACCGGGGCCGUGGUUAGGGGCGGCAGGUCGCGAGGGGCCAUGGCUAGGGGCGACGGGGCCAUGGCUAGGGACGGGGCCGGGCGCUGGGCAAGUACGGGGCCGGGUGCUGGGCUAGGGACGGGGCCGGAUGCUGGGCAGGUAUGGGGCCGGGCGUUGGGCAGGUACGGGGCCGGGCGCUGGGCAGGUACGGGGCCGGGCGCUGGGCAGGUAUGGGGCCGGGCGCUGGGCAGGUACGGGGCCGCGCGCUGGGCAGGUACGGGGCCGGACGCUGGGCGCGAAACGGGGCCGGGCGCGGGCUAG